CUCCCAGCACCCACAUCUCAUGUCCCAGACCUCCCAUACGCCUAUGGCAACAUGACCGUACCAGCCUCCAAGCCGCUGACCCUCUCGGGCCUGCUCAGUGAGCCCCUCCCAGACCCCUUGGCCCUCCUGGACAUUGGGCUGUCAGCGGGGCCAUCCAAGCCCCAGGAAGACCCAGAAUCCGACUCAGGAUUAUCCCUCAACUACAGUGACGCUGAAUCUCUUGAGCUGGAGGGGACGGAGGCUGGUCGGCGUCGCAGCGAGUACGUAGAGAUGUACCCAGUGGAGUACCCCUACUCACUAAUGCCCAACUCCUUGGCCCACCCCAACUAUGCCUUGCCACCUGCCGAGACCCCCUUAGCCUUAGAGCCCUCCUCGGGCCCCGUGCGGGCCAAGCCCACUGCACGGGGGGAGGCGGGGAGUCGGGAUGAGCGUCGAGCCCUGGCCAUGAAGAUCCCCUUCCCUACGGACAAGAUCGUCAACUUGCCAGUAGAUGACUUCAACGAGCUGUUGGCACGGUACCCGCUGACGGAGAGCCAGCUGGCACUAGUCCGGGACAUCCGAAGGCGGGGCAAGAACAAGGUGGCCGCCCAGAACUGUCGCAAAAGAAAGCUGGAGACCAUCGUGCAGCUGGAGCGGGAACUGGAGCGGCUGGGCAGUGAGCGGGAGCGCCUCCUCCGGGCCCGAGGCGAGGCCGACCGGACCCUGGAGGUCAUGCGCCAACAGCUGACGGAGCUGUAUCGUGACAUUUUCCAGCACCUGCGGGAUGAGGCAGGCAACAGCUACUCCCCUGAAGAGUAUGCAUUGCACCAGGCUGCUGAUGGCGCCAUCUUCCUGGUGCCCCGGGGGACCAAGAUGGAGGCCACAGACUGAGCUGGCCGGAGGGUUGGGGCUGGUGAUGGAGGUUUCCUUCAUUCUCUUCUGAUAAAGGUGCUCCCCAACCGUGAGGCCCAGAAGGAGCUGAGUUCUGUAGACCAGGAGGGACCACAGUGGGAAACCUGGCAUUUGGAAGGUCCAAGGUGUGUUCAGUGAGGCUUGCCCGGAGGCGAGGACGUGAGGGGAGGGCUGGAAUCUCUCUUCCGUGAUUCCGUUUCCCAGGUCUCCAAUCUCU